GUUCCUAAGAAAUUUUUAAGAUUGCAAGAUCUCUGAUUUGUGUAUUAAUAUCUCUAUCUCUUCACAAAAAAAAUGUGAUUCUAAACGUUUGGUUAAACCAACGUCAACGUACAUUCAAAUAAUAUAAACAGCGUUGUUUCCUUUCACAUACACACUUCACAAUUACAAUGAAGUUUCGCGGCUUUUCUUCAUCUACGCGAACCUGCAAAACCAAAUCACCAAUCCCUUUUUCCCCUUCUUCUUCUUCUCAUCAUGAUGCUGCUGCACCUCGAUUUUGCGGUGGUUUCAUUGAUUCUCCUCCUUCUCAGACUGAGGUUCAUGAGGCUCUUGCUUCUCUCCAACGGGUGUUAGCGCUUGCUUCUUGUGUCGAGCUUCAUAGGGACAUGUAUUGCAAAAAACCAGAAAAGGAGCUGAGCCAUGUUGGCCAAAUUUCUGACGGCAAUUCAGAUACAGAUUGGAUAGAACCAUUUUUGUUUCCGUGUAAUCCGAAAAUGCUACAAGAUAAUGGAUCUGAUAGAGUUUAUAAUGCAAUUCUCUUGUUACAAACUGAUCCAUCUGUCCAGAGAUUAGUAAAAUCGUUAUCAACCGAUGAGGCUGUUUGGGAAGCUGUUCUGAACAAUGAAGUUGUUCAAGAGCUCAGGGAGACGGUAUCUGCAAAUCAAGAGCACAAACUUCGGAGUCUAGAUGAGAUUGCUAAUGAUGACCCCGAUAAGUCAACAAAUGUGUUGAUUUCGCUGUUAAAUACUGCCAGAACCAAAUUCAUGGAUGUAAUCGAGAAAACUACCAAGAUUCUGAUCAAUCUUUUUCAACAAUCAUCAAACAAGACAGGCGCCCAUACAGAAGAUUCUCAGCCCUUUAUUGGGAUGCUGGGUGCCGCUUUCAUGCUUUCGAUCAUGAUCUUGUUGAUUGUGGUGGUGCGUCGUGUUCAAAGAUGAUUACGCCCGACGUCGUGAAGACCAUGAUCUUGUUGAUUGUGGUGGUGGGUCGUGUCCAAAGAUAGGGCACAAUAUACAUUACCAGACAAUUCUUCUGGACUCUUGGGUUAUUUUGCACAUGCAAAACUUUCUAAAUGUGACUCUAUGUUUUUGGUCCUUUUGGCAUAUAGUUCUAUUGGUAAAUUAUCACAUGGAGUAGUUCUCUAAUCCUAAACUAUCUGUCAAGUUUAAUUUGGUUUUCAUUCCUCAAAAUUAAUGCAAUAUAAAAGAACUUGGUCGUGCGUAGUUAUUUCUCA